CCCCCUCUGGCAAAGAGUAGCAAGUGUCCUUUCUGAACUCUUUCUUUUGUCUUCUGCCAGCAAGAUCAAGCCAUCUCUGACCCAGAAGGAAAACUGUCAUCUUCUUCAGGAGUGCUUCCGAAGCCUAUUUCCCCUUCCUCCCCUUGAGCAGACAAAAGAAGGGGAGGCAGCAGAUGAUGCUGAGCAUGCAGAGGCUCUCUAUACACGAUCCCUGGAAGCUCUUGCUCGCCUCAUGACAAGUCUUGAGGAAGAGCUGACCUUGUCAUGGCUCAAGGAAACCUUUCACCUCCUAGAGGCCUGGCUCCGUUCUGGGAAAGAGUGGGAGAGAGAGAGGGCCCUUUAUGCCUGCACUCAUCUGCUAAAGACUUACACCGAGAGACUGGAGGAUGCUAGAGAAAACUCUUCUGAGCAGUUUGGCUCCAUGAUUGGAGUGCUGGGGCCUCUCAGCUGUGACUCCCUGGCCACAUCACGCCAGCGGGCAGUCGACUGUAUCAGCUGCCUUCUCUCAACACAAGGCAAGGUUAUGCACACAAGGGAAGUGGAUCUGAAUCACUUCUGUGAGGAGCUAGUGGCUGCAGAUGUGGAUUCGCUGCUGAGGACCUCUUCCAAAAUCGCAAAGGUUGCAUGCAAAUCCUUUUGCUCAGAGCAGGCAAGAGGCUUUCUGAAGGCUGUCCUGGGCAGCAUGCUGUCCUUCAGCCCCACUUGUGCUAGGGCAGCAGGCGAGUGGAUGCUCAUCUUCCUGAAGGAAUGUGGAAGAGAAAUGUUGCUGGAGGUGCCAGAAAUCCUGACAAUCCUUUACGAUCAUCUGCCAGCUGCUCAGCAGGGCAGCCUGAAGGAGUUCCUCUUUGAGGCAGUGUCUGUCCUGGGCUGCUAUCACCCUGAGGCAGUAACCAACAGCCUCCUCCAGAGACACCUGCCCAUGGACAGGUAG